AUGGAUGGCGAGGAUUAUUCGUUGCAGAGUUUUGAUAGGGAAUAUCUGUCUUUGGAUUUCCAAAAGAAUUUGGUUCGGUCUUUGAAAAUUUUGGCAGAGAUGGAAAAGAAAUUUAAUUCUGGCCCUCUUUCGGAAGUAAAGCUUGAUUUAAAUUAUUUGGAAGACUUUUUCAAAACAUGUUCCGAUAUUGUUAAACCCAUCCGAAAAGCAUGGAAAAUUCUAUCAAUGAUGGCUCUCCAUUCACCAUCAAUGAAUUUUGAAGAUCUUCGGAAGGAACAAAUCAUGAUACAAAAUAUUUAUUUGAAGUUAUAUGAUGAUAAGCUAGUGCAUCGGUUUGCAACAGCAAAAGUGGUAAUUUUGAAAUAUUGGAACAAAAUCAUGUCUGAUUAUGAGAAAAUUCAUGAAUAUUCAUGUGAAUUAUUUCGCUCUCAAAUCAUACGAGUUCUUGAUAUUGUCAACCAAAUGAAUCUCCUAUCGAUAGAGUAUCUUCAAUUGCUCAAUUCAAUGAAACAAUACUUUUUAGACUCAUGGUUUUUGAACAUGCGGCCGAGUGCUAUGGGUUCAUCGUUAGACAAAUUUUGUGAGCAAUUUAAUCAUGUGGAAAUAUCCUUAGAAUCGUUCAUAAUUACCUCACAAGAAUUAAUGAAAUGCGCGGCAGACGUUCGAUUGGAGAGAAUUUACAACGUAGAAGGAAGAAUACCAGUUAAAAAACUAAGUCUCUUGGACACUGUGGAUCUGAGUGCUAUCGACACCAGUUUUAUUUUUCAUUCUCCAAGAACUUUAACAUCGCCGAGAGCCAACUCUUCUGCCUCGUUGACCGGAGCAUCUACAGAUCUUAAUAACUCUCCUCAGGAAUAUUUUGCGUUCCCUAAAAAACAGCAACAAAUAGAUAACUUGAACUCGUCCCGAGUGCGAGUUCAAAAGCAAAUCACAAUGAAUUGGGAAGAAUGUAAAAAAUAUUUGGAAGGAUUAAUUUCGGAAGAGUUUGUAUUUAUCAGUGGAGUGACAGAAAUCAUUAAGGAAAACCUGCAGCAUGUUUCAUUGCCGUUUUUAACAUGUGGAUCUGUUCGUAUGUUGAUGAACCCUGAUUUCUCAAGUCUACAGAAUGGACAUCUCGCUGAAAAUCGCAAGCACUACCAACAAUCCUUAAACAAUUCCAAACAUGCACAUAACGUUUCCACUUUGUCUGCUUGUACCAGCGUUGAUGGGAAGGAUCAAAAUGAGCAAGAUUCAUUUAUUUCAAAGGAUAUUUUCCGACUCGACACAGAACGGAUUAAUUCAGCCACAAGCGACGACUUGUUUGACUAUAAUAGCACCUUAAAACAAAUAGAAGACAUGAACAUUUCAUUUUUACAAAUGGGUGAAGUAUUUUUUCCCUCCUUAGAAGAGAAGAAUGUUGAAAGCUUGACGUUGUUUUACGUCGAGUACUUGAACAAUAGAAUUUUUUCAAUGGUUCACGGAGAGAGUUCACCAUUCAACGAUCCAGUUGCAACUGAAAGGGAGCCUUUGACCAUCAAAAAGAAGGACGAUCCACUGUGCAAACCCAUUCUUCACUGUGUGCAUGAAAAUAUUAGACUUGCAAAGCGACAGUCCACAAAGGAAAGUUUAAACCAUUCUCAUGUUGCAAUCAUGACACCGCGACGAACCUCAAGUGGAUUUCAUUGCAAUACUGCGUUUUUUAAUCUGUUGUUCAAUAGCCUGAAAUAUCUAUCCAUUGAUAACUACAUAUCUAGCGGAAGAGAUAAUGAGAAACCUGUUGUUACAGUGAGCGAAGAAGAGUUUCCAUCCAUUUAUCGAAUUUUAUUUGGAUUUGUUCCAAAUUCACACAAACGGAGCUCAGACCCAAGCGCCAGACAAAGUCUGAAUGAUCUUAGAAAUAGUUUGGGAAAGUCAAAAACAAACUUGCAUCAAAAUAAUGAUCGGCUCAUUGAUUGGAUCAACGAAAAUCGUUUUGAAAUAUUUACCAUUUUUGAAAUGAUUACCAAUUUUACGCAUUUCAAAACACAAGAGCUCAAGAGAGUGAAAGAGUGCAAAAUGGAUUGUGUCACCCUUUCUUCAGAUCUCUAUGUCCUGUUGGAGCUUCUUUACCACUUUGUUAAGGUGCUACAAGGAGCCACUCAUGUGCGAUCGUAUGGCUUUCAGAGUCAUCUGGAUACGUCUUGCGUUCAUACUCUAACAGAAACAAAUGGUCUCUCAACUCUAAAAACAUUGCUCAAUGGAAUGAAACGGGGAGUGGGAAUGAUCAUUGACUGUUUUUUCACAUCUCUCAGAUCAGAUCUAGAUGCAAAAAUUGAACAACUCUUUCAGGAGAAUGACUACAACUUUGGCAAGUAUUACUCACAAUUUCAAAAGCCUACAAAAUCAGGAAACAAGAGAAGAAUAGUUCCCAUGAAAACGGAAAAGAAAAGUCUGAUUGAACAAUGCUUUGAAACAGUUCUUCCUUUCCUUACUUCUGUCAUGCAAAAUGAUAGCUUUAGUGAAGAGGUGCGAAACGAAUUCAGCGAAAAGUGUUGCCGUAUUGUUGUCAAUACCUACGUUUGUUUUAUCGAAAAACAUCACGAGGAAAACAUUGCAUCAUUGAGCAAGAAAAGGGCGAGCGAGAGAAUUAAGACAGUUUCCAAACUAACCAUCUCUCUUCUUGAUCAAUUAGCUGAAGACAAGUUCACGAUUAUGAAAUUAUUGGACAAGGUGACAACCAUGGAUGCAACAUUACGAGACUCCAUGUUAAGAAACGUCAAUCAUUUAAUAUCUGUCUAUCAAUAUUCCAUGGAAAGAACUAUACAAGUUGAAAACACAAGCAAGCUAAAGAGAAAUCAAAUCAUUCCAACAGGUAGAACUACGGAAAUCAAGUAA